AUGUUUAGCACAACAGAUUUACAUUGGCCAGAUCUUUACAAUCUUAUGCCAAAUACUAACAUAGCUGUUAGUUCAACACAAGCUACCCAAAUGCGGUAUCAUAAUUUAAAUAAUAAUCCUUAUAUACCAAUAUGGUUUUUCAUGCGUCGGUUUGAAUUAUUUUUAGAACACAUGAUAAUAUCUAAGUUUGGUUUUAAUGACUAUUGGUAUCAGUAUGAGUGGCAAUACUGGGGAAGUACGCAUGUACAUGGCAUUGGAAAAGUUUCUAAUGCACCAAAUUUUGACAGGAAAACUAUGUAUCAGGAUGAGGAUUUAAUGAACGAAAUGGUCACAUACAUUGAUUCAAUUGUUAUUGUCAUGAAUCCAGAUAUAAACCAAGAUCUAGCAACAUAUAUUUCUGAACAGCAUCCUUGUCAAAAACCAAUAGAGCAAUUAGUAGAUGACUUUGACAACUAUUGCCAAUUGGUUAAUAAAGUUCAAAAAUAUACAAAAUGCUCACCUUCAUUUUGUCUUGUAUUAAAUAAACGUACUAAUUCAGAAGAAUGUCAGUUUGGAUAUCCAAAAGAAUUACGUGAUUUUACUAUAAUUCAAUCUGAUGAUAAUAACCAACCAGAACUUUUAUUACGUUGUUGGAGAGCCAAUAUUGACAUAAAGCCUAUUCUUUCCCUUCAUGCUGCACUUUCAUAUGUCGCAAAAUAUGCUAGCAAAUCAGAAUUAAGAUCAGAGGCGUUUAGUGAAAUAUUUUCUAAUUACCUUGAAAAUGCAAAAUCUGAUGAGCCAGCCUUAAAAUCAGUACAAAAACUUUUAUUACAUAUAAUAACUGAAAAAGACUUUUCUGCCCAAGAAACAUCCCAUCUUCUCCUUAAAUUACCUUUAGUCAUAUCAUCUUGUAUGUUCUUUACUCUUAACCUUAAUGAAGAUGACACAUUAUGUAAAUUAAUUCGUGAUAACAACAUGCAAAAUAAUGAACAAAGUUCAUCAGUUAGAACUGAACUUUCUUAUUUACAAAAAGAUUAUUGCAAAUUAAAGGUCCUUCUUCAUGUCUCUUAUCAAAGUAUGACUAAUUUUUCUCAAGAAAGUACUGAUAUUGACUGGAUUGAAUUAUAUAAUCAGUUUUUUGCUGAAAGUAAUAGUGACGAAUAUGAAGAGCUUGAGAAAGAUAAUACAAUGAUUCAAGAACCAUGGAUGCAAAUAGUUACAAAUAGUUCACAAGCUAUAACUAAUGAUCUUGGAGAAUGUUUUAUAGAUAUUCAUCAUAUGUGGUCAGGAUCAUAUAUUGCAUUUCCAAAUCUUAGUGAAGUAGAAUCAUUCUUAAAGCAUGCUAAAUGCGAACAAAUUGAAACUACAUUUCAUAAUGAUAAUGACAAAACUUUAAUUGACCCUAGUACAUUAAAUGACAGGCAAAGACAAAUUUUUGAUUAUGUAAUUUUACAUUAUUCUAAACUUCUAACAAAUUCGGAUAACCAAUUAAUUGAACCUUUACGUGCUAUUAUUAUGGGUACAGCUGAAACUGGAAAAUCUUAUAUUAUCAAAGUUAUCCGUAUUGCAGCAUUUAAUAUAAAUGGUUGUACAAUUCAUUCGAAAUUCUUCCUUCCUUCAAAUUUUAAAAAUUUAGAACUCAAAGCUGAGUCUUUAAAAAAACUUCAACAAAAAAUUGAAGGACUACUUGCAGUAAUCGAUCAAUGCUUACGACAGACUUUUCCACAAAACCCAAAUAUUUUAUUUGGAGGUUGUUCAAUAUUAUUUUUUGGUGACUUCAGCCAGCUGCCACCAGUUUUAGAUCUUCCUAUAAUUUGUUCAUUAGUACUGUCAGUUGAAAAAAACUCAUUUGAAAAUGCAAUUCGAUUAUUUACUAAAUGGGAAAAAGUUGAUAAAUACAAUAUAAUAAAAUUAAAACAGCUCAAUUUGCCUGUUGCUAAAAUUAAGGCUGUACAUACUGGUUCAGAUGCUAGGAAAGCACCUUCAGAUACAACAAAUGAGUUGAUUAAUGGUGCGAUGGGUACAAUUGUUGAUAUUAUUUAUGAAUUUGAUAAAUUGCCACCAUCACUGCCUACAGUAAUUCUGCUCAAAAUGGAUAAUUAUAUGGGUCCAACACUAUCUACGUUAAAUAAUUCAGAGGUAGUACCAGUUCGCCCUAUUAGAUAUACUUGGAAAGGAAAAUCAGGAAUUUGUUCACGUAUGCAAUUUCCUUUGUGCCUUGCUUGGGCAAUUACGAUUCAUAAAUCGCAAGGCUUAACAUUGUCGCAAGCUGUGAUAGACAUUGGCAAUAAGGAAUUUGCUAUAGGUCUUACAUUUGUAGCUAUUUCAAGAGUUC